UAGACCCGAAUCACAGAAUGUAAGACGAAGGUCAAUUUCAAUCGGGUUGUGCAACUCAAGAUUAUUUUUAUGUGAUCACAGGAUCAACAAAAGUUGUCUCUGGUGUAAGGAAUUAAAAGCUACUUUGCAAGUGAAGUAUAGCAUGAGUGCCAUCCAAAGAAUUUCGCGCCAGAUCAUCCGUUUUCAAGGUUUGAGGGCCAUGUGCACGGUCCAGUCAAGACAGUGGACAAAUAUUCUAAAACAAUCUCCUGUUAUGUACGUUGUACCUCGCAGUUUCUCUGAUAUGCCAUCAAGUACUUCACUUAAAAACGAGGAGGAAAACCUUGGCAACAAAGCAUUAAAGUUGUUAGGUUGGCUUGGUGGCUUUUAUUCCAGAAAAGCAGUGUUAACAAGAAGUGCCAAAACAAUGUAUGAAUGUUGUGUUGAAGGUUUAGAUUAUGAGAAAUUUUAUGACGCAGCUGGAAUGCCAGAUACAUUUCAGUCAUGGUUUCUUAUAAAUCAACUUCAUGUGUGGAUGUGUCUUGUACGACUUAAACCUGAAGGCAAAGAUGGUCGGUAUAUGUACAGAAGAAUGGUGCAGAUAUUUUGGGAUGAUGUGGAAGAAAGAAUGAAAGUGAUGGGGGUAUAAACCUAUUAUGAUUUGGGGGCCUGUUUACAAGUACACACAAUUUUUGGUAGAGCAUGUUAAAAAAUCACCCAGUGUUUUCAAUAAAAGUCAGUUAAUACUACUGAUUAGUCAGGGGCAUUUUUUUAGGUCAUUAUUUCCCUCUCAAACUUUACAGAUUAUCACCCCGAUUGCUAUGGCCCUGCUAGUAGUGGUUUACCAAAAAUGCCACCUGUGAGGCCUCCAAGGGUUGUUUAUUUCUCUGUAUAUUUGCAAAAUUUAUAUUUGUUUUCCAUCUGGAAAUUUUGAGCACAUCCGAUGCCUAUUAUUUAAGUUCAGCCUGCUAGUAUAAUUAUUAUUGAAAACAUUAGGCAGUGUGCAGUGGGUAACCAUAUCAAAUUUACCUGCACUCAGACUACCUGAUUAAAAAUGUUAACAUGUUUUACUAACUGAAAGUAGCAUGAUUCUGUAGGUAGCCCCCUCCCAAGAAAACUAGUAGCCCCACCCCCCAAACAGUAUAUAUAAGCAAAAUUACAGGGCCACUAGUUCAGGAAUUCUAUAGUAACAAAGUGUAUAAGAGCACAUUGCAGAUUAAUUCAUUGAGCACCAGAGCUCUCCCCUUGACAAAUAAAAUCAUCAGGCAUUAGACAGAGUAAUAUACAGUAAUAAAGUAGGGCACAAUGCAACUUACAGUAAAGACACUUAUUACAAUUUGACAGCAAUUUUAGGGGUGUGAUUCUCUUCUUCUGAUGGAUGUGAAUGAGUCAAUGUGCAGAUGAGGGAACUCAGAACAUUCAUAACUUGUUACUUGUUCACAUGCAUCAGAAGAAAAUUACACUAGGAAUUGCAGCGAAUAUUGCAAGUGAAAACAGGCCUUAAUGGGCUAAGCAAGUCAUUAAUUUAAUCCAAAGAGUCUAAGUAGAGUAGAACGAUAGAUAAUUGACCAUUUGCAUAACAGACUAAAUUUUGAUCUAGACAAAAAUUUCAUCACAGCUUGAAAGAGCAUCACAAAAUUAGUCACAUUCCAAAGUUUCGUUGCGAAAUGUUGUAAAAUGCGGAUAAUAUAUAGCCUUGCGAAGUUUGCAAUUUUCAGUCAUUUUAGAUUACAAACGGGAAAUUGACAGGCUCAUACCCUUUGAGGCUGUCAAUUUCCCGUUUGUAAUCUAAAAUGACUGAAAAUUUCAAAUUCCGCAAGGCUGUAUUAUCCGCAUUUUACAACAUUUCGCAACGAAACUUUGGAAUAUUACUAAUUUUGUGAUGCUCUUUCAAGCUGUGAUGAAAUUUUUGUCUAGACUUGUUGAGAUCAAUAUUUUGUCUAUUAUGCAAAUGGUCAAUUGGUAACAUCAUUAUUACAGAAAAUAUUUUUCUCUAGGUUGCUGAUCCUAGUGUGAGAAAACAAAGUCUUAAAGAACUCAUGCAAGCAUUUUAUGGUCUUAUCCUGGCCUAUGAUGAAGGGCUCCUCUCCCAUGAUCGUGUUCUAGCUGCAUCAAUCUGGAGAAAUAUGUUUCAUAAUAAAAAGAACACUGAUGCUUCAAAUUUGGCAAGUUUUGUUGAAUAUGUAAGAAAACAAGUUCUUCACUUAGAAAACAUUGACUCAGAAAAACUCUUCACAACUGGUGAAAUUGAAUGGUUACCAUUCAAAGGACAUGUAUAUGAGCAGUAAAGUAUCCAAAACGUUUUAAAAGUACAUCUAGGUUAUAUUUAAAUUCAAAACAUAAGGUAUACAUAGAAUCAAAUGCACGAAAAGUCAAUAUUAGCUUCAGAGUUCAGAGGGCUAUUUACAAAGCAUGAUGAAUGAGUAAGGAGCCAAUUUUGGUCGGAUUGUAUUUUAUUAAUUCAAAGAUUAUGAAGCACUCUAGAUAAGCCUGCAGGUCAGUUUGUCAACUACAGAACUCUUCAACAUACAAGGGGAUACUGUUGAAUUGACUUCUAUCAGAAGCUGCCCCACCUGGUGUAUGUUGUUUGUGUAUUUGUUUCAAUCUGUAAUUACUGUGAAGCCUUUCCCAUCCAAGUAAGGAAUGUCAUUAUUCAGAACCAUCAGAUUUCAUCUCAAAUAACAAUGGAAAUUGUAAAUCUCUUAAUUAAUGGAAAUUGUAAAUUUCUACACAAGGCUUGGGAAGUAGACAAGUAGUAAUAUGUAUGUUCAUGCAGUGGAUUUCAGUACAAUGUCAAUGGUGAUACAUGGAAUGAUAAUGACCAACAAACUCUAGCAUUUCCUUUUUGGCAACCGUUCUGCCAAUUUAAAAAACAUAGACCGUACAAAAACUGAAAGCCUUACAUGUCGUUAUAAUUGAUAUUGACGAAAUAAAACAGGAAAAAUAGCCAAAACAUUACCAGUAACAAGAUAACAGCCUCUAGACAGCCUCGUACCCAGGCGCAAUUAACUAAAAAUAGGCACACUACAGUGUUUUUAUACAGAUCAGUGGCUAACAUGAGCGAGCGCGCGGGGGUGCUUGGGGAGGACGCAGCGGGUUAGCGAAGCUAGCACCCCCGCGCGCUCAACCCACUGAUCUGUAUAAAAACACUGUAGUGUGCCUAUUUUUAGUUAAUUGCGCCUGGGUACGAGGCUGGCCUCUAGAGCUAAUGUUACAAUGACGGAAUGCCAGCACGAUAGCCAACUCACAACUGGUAAUUUAAUUUGCUGGAGAGUGCGCAGUGAGUGUACACUAAUAUUGCGGUUAGUAAAUGUAACCAUUUCAAUAGCUAUUCAUAAAUUAAUGUUAAGUGUGUGUCAGGUAACAAAAUACGAUAUAUAUAUUUAUAUAUACUAUCACUAUCAGCAAUUUAUACAUACAGUAGACAUAGUGGAAAGUCUAAUGCGAUUUUGAUAUACGAGAAACAUGUUUUUUAUCUCAUUAAAUAAUUAUUUAAACUUAUAAAGUCAGCUUGAUAUUGUAUAGAUUUUUUCUACUGGCUGUUGUAAAACAUAAAAUUGAAAGUGUUUCAAAUACAUAUCAGCGUUUUUGCUUGCAAGAUUAAGAGUUAUUCAUUAAUUAAGUGAAUGAUCAUCAUCAUCGAGUUGUCCACACGACGUUAAUUGUUGAAUUACCUUAUUUACCAAAUACGACCUCACACCUUGAUAGCUUUCUACCCGCAGGCAAUUUUUGGCAC